GACUGAUCUGUCGAUAUCACGUGAGAAAUCAACUCGGCUCAUUUCCUCUAUCGUCAAAGAUAUAUUAGUAUCGAACUAAGUGGAAGAUGUUAAGAUUGGCAGUAUUCUCUCUCAUUUUGGCAGCCGCCUAUUGUAAAACACCAUGGGUCCCAUGUCCAGACGCAUCGAAGGCAGGGACUCCUAAGAAUGUUGUAGUUCCAGACUGCAACUCUGUUCCUUGCAAGCUGAAAAAGGGAACAGAUGUCAGUUUUGCCGUUGAAUUUGAGUCUAAGGAAACAGCAGCAAACUUAACUGCUGUCGUCCAUGGUAUUUUAGGGAGCCUACCGGUACCUUUCCCCUUGAGCAAUCCAAAUGCUUGUAAAGACUCUGGUAUACAAUGCCCUAUUAAGAUGAAUCAGAAAUACAAAUAUAAUCAGAAAAUAAGUAUCUCCAAGUCUUAUCCUACAAUAAGCGUCAAAGUAAAAUGGGAAUUAAAAGACAGCGCUCAUAAAGACCUUUUCUGCAUUCUAGUUCCCGUUGCAAUAGUUGAUUAA